CGUCAAAACAUUCCUUGGCAUUUUAACGUGGUGUGGUUGGUGCGAGUACCGGUUUUCCCGUAGAUUUUCACCAAUUUUUUACGUUUUUUCGCCCGUUAGUCGAAGCGAAUGUGGCACAAUUGCAUUUCGCAUUCACCAACAGUUUUAGCGGCGAGUUUAUUGAUAGAUUUGACCACUUGAUCCACGUUUAAAAGUAAAUCAGAUCCAAUAAAGGAUUCAAACAACCAGAAUUUAAGUGUAGAGGGCAGAAACAGCAGGACUGAAAAGAAGCCCAUCGAAGUGAACAAACAGUAACCAUGUCUUCAUCGAGCACCUGUUACAAGUGUAACCAACCCGGCCACUUUGCCAGAGAGUGUUCCACUCCUGGAGGCAGGGAUUCUGGUGGCAGAGGUUUCGGAGGUGGAUACGGCAGGAACCGCGACAAGUGCCACAAGUGCAACAAAGUGGGGCACUACGCCCGCGACUGCAAAGAGGAGCAGGCGCGCUGCUACCGUUGCUACGGCGAGGGCCAUUUCGCUAAGGAUUGUCCUCAGAGCCCGGACAUGCCGUCCUGCUACACUUGCAAGAAGCCUGGUCACAUCGCCAGGAGUUGCCCGGAGGGAAGCGGCGAGCGUAACGACACCUGCCACAACUGUCAACGUCCCGGCCACAUUUCCCGUAAUUGUCCGGACGGGUCGAAACAGUGCUACGGCUGCCACAAGUCCGGCCAUCUGAAGCGGGACUGUCCGGAGAACCAGGACUACCGGAAUUAGUAAAAUUCAACUUUUACUUAUUUACAUUUACUGAUUUACUUAAACUUACUCACUUAAUCAUGUUCUUUUUUUUUAUUUUGAACCAACAACCGUUGACAGUUUAAUUUUCUUUUCUUGUUUUAUUCAUAUUAAUAUUAAGGGUGUCGAGAUUCGUUUCUGAUAGUGGUUUCCGGUGGCAUUUCAACAAAUGGAGGGACACUGUAUGUUUUAUGUGCAUAAGUUUGUCAAAAGUUGACCAUAUGAGUUGUAAGCAAUUAUAGGCAAAAAGUUCAGGUAGGGUUGCCAAUUCUACCAAAGAGAAAUAUUUACUUUUGUACCUAAUAUCAAACAUCUCAAUAAGGCAGAACUCUAAGGAAGAAGUUAUCUUUGAAAACCUCUUCGUGCGUUUAAUUAUUAAAAAAAAACAAGUUUGCAAGCAGAUUUCAAUACCAUUUGCUCUCCCUCUGUAGGACUUCUGGAGUACCAAAGAAGUGCACACAAAUUAAGUAACAAUAAAAAAAACGACAAGAUUUAUCGGUGAACUUUUGUCAAACUUAUAAACCAAUUUAAGCAGAAUUUAACGCCAAUACACUUGACUUUACUUUAAGCAUUGUCGAGUUAGGACCCAAAUAAAACAAAACACAUUACAUUGUAUAAAUGAUUUACAAUACACUCGUGGACACUCGAACAAAAACUGUCCUUGUCUUAUUCGAACCAAAGGGUCCCAGUUGAAAUGAAAUGGAAAUCAUUCACUCACUCUCCUCAUUAGUUUCAGUUGUACGUUAGUAAAUUCCACUUAUAUUGUGUUUAAAUAGUUAGUUAACUGUUGUUGUUGUUGUCUCGAUAUUUGGGACGAAUCUUGAGCCUAUAUACAAUAGCGAGCAGCAGCUUUCCUGUUUACAUUUUAUUUAGCAGAAAAUUAAUAUGGACAUCGUGUUAUUAAAGGUGUGUUAUGCUGAGGUAUUUUAUCGGUAACAGACAUUAAACAAACAAAAAAAGAUAAUCGAUUCGUUUGUACUUAUUAUAAUAUUAUACAUUAAAGGAGAAUUUGAUUCAACUAUUUAAAGUUGUCCCGUAUUUUUUUUUAAUUGGCGAGAAAAGGAGAAUCAAAAAUUGUUGAAUUUUACUAUUGGAAGUGAAAUAAACUAUUUUAUUUUUUGAAUCGCGCGUCGCGUCCGUUACAAGAAGUCCGGGCUUUAGGUCGUUUUGGGGCUAGUGAGGGUUCAACGAAACAUUUUGAGUCAGUUUGGCACUUUAUUUUUUUAAUGUAAAACACGGGGAUCUCUAUAAUUGUGAGUCCAAUUGUGUUGGUGUUUUACUAUAAAAUAAAAUGCUUUUCUAAGUUUGAAGAGUUCAACCUAUGGUUCCUAUGUCAUGAGUUAAAAAAACAGAAUAGUAUUAACCCUGCACUGGAAAUAAGGAAAAACAGUGUCAGGUAAUUUAGGGCACAAGUCUACUUCUGGUGCUCAGAUCAACUUGAUUUUUGUUUUAAAAGUUUCUUUUAAACUGUUUUUCAACUUUUAUUGAAGAAAUCAUGAAAAUCCAUACAUUGGAACCUUUUUUAGCUAAAAUUUUGAAAAACAUGCUCAAAAGGAAAAAGUUCAAGUAACUUGAGUCAUAACUCCACUUCUAGUGCGCAGAUCAACUUGAUUUUUAUUUUAAAAGUUUCCAUGGACUGUUUUACAACUUUCACUACAAAAAUCAUGCAAAUCCGUAGAUUACCCUUUUUUAUACAAAAUUUUGAAAAUAGAGAGGGAAAACAGUCCAAGAGAAAAAACAGUUUAAGGUAACUUGAGUCAUAAAUCCAUUUCUAGUGCUUGGAUUGGCUUGAUUUUUGUUUUAGAAGUUUCUUUUGAAUGUUCUUUAAGUUAUAUUGAAAAAAUUAUUACCAUCCAUGCAUUGGAUUUUUUUUAUCUAACUUUUCGAAAAUCAUGUCCAAGAAUAGUUUCAGGUAACUUGAGCCAUAAGUUCACUUCUGGUACUCGGAUAGUCUUGAUUUAUGUUUUAAAAGUUUCUUUGAACUGUUUUUCAACUUUCAUUGAAAAAAACCAUGAAAAUACAUACAUUGGAACCUUUUUUAUUGAGUCAUAACUCCACCGAUCAACUUGAUUUUUGUUUUAAAGGUUUUUAUGGACUGUUCUGCAGCUUUCACUACAAAAAUUAUGAAAAUCCGUAGAUUAGAACUUUUUUUAUACAAAAUUUUGAAAAUAGUAUCGCGGAGGACAAAAAGUCCAAGAGAAAAGACCGUUUAAGGUAACUUGAGUCAUAAGUCCAUUUCUAGUGCUUGGGUUGGCUUGAUUUUUGUUUUAAAAGUUUCUUUGAACUGUUUUUUAACUUUCAUUGAAAAAAUCAUGAAAAUCCAUGCAUUAGGUGUUUUUUUAUUCACAUUUUUAAAAAAAUAAUAUUUUAAUCUCAGAAUUCCCUUUUUUUUUGUUCAUUCUUUCUCAUCUUGGCAAUUGCUGACUGAUUGCAGUGUUGUCAAACAGUAGAAACCCGUAAGAAUCCUAUGACAGUGUAAAUUUUUCCUAGAAUUCCUUGGCUUUUCUUCUUUCCGUGUUAACAAGACCAAAGUCCACACAUUUUGAAUUGAUGAAUUAAUGAUUCAACUAAAAACCCCAUAAACUUUUCUAUAAAGGGUGUCACGAAUUCGUAUGCAAAUUAUUAGCAUCUCAAUAAUUAUUGUAAGAAAUUGUAACGUUGCCAUCUCAUAUUAUAGAAAUCUUUCAUGUGGUACAGAAAUAUCGCUGGAUUUAAGGAAGAUUCCUUCGAGGUAUCACUGUUGCCAAGCUAAAAUCUAGCAAAAAUUUAUAUUCAACAUUGCAAGAUUUUCCUCAAAAUGUUCACAUUAUAUUUAUUCUAAUGGCCUUAAGUGUUGUUGCCAAUUUUCCCCAGAAUGAAAAUCUUGCCCCAGAGGAAAGACAGUUUCAGGUAACUUGAGUCAUAACUUCACUUCUACUGCUCAGAUCGACUUGAUUUUUACGUUAAAAGAUUCUUUGGACUAUUCUGCAGAUUCUAUUAAAAAAAAAUCAGGAAAAUUCAUGCAUUAAAACCUUUUUUCCUAAAAAUUUUUGAAAAUCAUGUCAGAAAGGAAAGAGGGUUUAAGUAACUUGAGGCGUAACUCCAUUUCUAGUACUUGGAUUGUCUUGAUUUUUCCCUUUAAAGCUCCUUUGAGGUACUCUUUGAUUUCAUUGAGAAAAUCCGUGCAUUUAAAGCUUCUUUAUUCAAGUUUUUGGCAAGAGGACAGUGAUCAAGAUCAUUUCCAUUUGAUAUUUGCUAUCCAAUAAUGGAAGCAAAGUAAAAAAGGUCGAAAAAAAACGCAUGGAAGGAUGAUAACUUGCUUUUCAGUAAAAAUUAUUUGUUAGAACCUGGAAGUCUGCAAGCCAGAUAUAUUUUCAUUGUACGAGAGAAAGGAAAACGUUAACAUUUAACAGUAUUAAGGUGUUUCCAGAGGAUUUGGAAUGCCAAUUAAUCUGGAAAUGCAGGUUAAUUUUACAUUUUGAAGUGAGUCUCAGUGGAAGCGUUUAAAGUGUUUAUUGCUAAAUGAUUCUUUCAAAGGAUAUACCAAUAAACGAAAAAGAAGGGAACAAAUAAUCUAUCGCGGGUGUUUAUUAGAGUGCAUGGCCUCCUUGGAAGCUCUCCCUUUGAUUACAAUUCUGAAUGGCAUGUUUCCCUGGAGGUUUUUCCCCUUAUUCCUCUUGAAAAUGUGAAACAACUUCUAUAAAAAAUACUGUAAAGUAGAUGACGAAGAAUUUAAGGAAAACCUCCAAAGGGAAACUUGCUACUGAGAAUUUUCCAAUUAUUUUAAUUUGGACUAAACGAAGAGAAAACUUAGGAACACUUCGAGCAAAUCCACGCAUCAAGACUGUUUUUAUACAAAAUUUUGAAAAACAUGUCUGAGAGGAAAAACAUUCAGGUAACAGUCAUAAAAAUUUGAGUGCAUUAUCGAGAUCCCUUGUGCAAGCAAUUUACGAAAAAAAGUCCCUCUAGCCCUAAAUAGAACCAAAAGCCCCCCCAACAAAACCAAAUAAGCAGAUAAGUUGCCUAUUUACGAAUGAAAGAAAGUAAAGAAAAAAAAAGGAUUUAUAUUUUUGUAGUGUUUAAAAAACUAUAAAUAGAUGUUCUUCUUUAAAGGGGCCAUCGUGGGGCCUAAUUUUUAUUAUUAACCAGUUGUUAAAGCUUAACCGGGGGAUGUGUGAAGGGGAUAAAAGAAGUCGUUUUAUUAAUCACGAGUUAAUUAUUUUAUUCUUUCUUGUUCCUACGUGUAUAGACGGAUGGGGUGGAUUGGGUUAGUGCUAAAUUUGUAACGUAUACGCAUUGGUCCAGUUUGUACUUAAUAAAUACCGGAACCGGAAGUAAAAUCAGUCACCUUUUUGGUCGUUUAAUCAUAUGUGACCAAUUUGUUGUAUGCGGCACAUUUUGGCCUGGCUGUCAGUCACUUCGUUCUAAUAUUUUUUUCAGUUUAGUGUUUGUUUUUUUUUAAGCUGAAAGUUAUAAACAGGACUGUAUUUUUAAUAAAGGUGGUGAUAUGGA